CAAUCCAUGUCAAAAUGGCGGAUACUGCCAUCCCACACAAACGAACCCGCGCUACGAAUGUCGUUGUCAGCUCGAGAACGCCGGGCCUAACUGCGAAUAUGCUAGAUACUGCGAUAACAGAUGCUACUAUGGCGGAACGUGUACACUCGAUGUACAUCAUCAUGUUCACUGCGCAUGUGCAACAGGUCGUACCGGAAACAGGUGCCAGUACACUACUUGCAAUCCGAACCCAUGUAGACACGGUGGCCAUUGUCAAGUUACUUCGCAUGCACCGCAUUAUUACAAAUGUACUUGCCCCAGUGGAUAUGGUGGUGAGCAAUGUGAGAAAAUAA